AUGGAUGCCGAGAUACGGCAUAGGUUGGCUGAAGCUGUGAUAGCUUUCAUGCGACGGCCGUACUUCUCAAGAGUCUGGGUCCUUCAGGAGCUGCAACUGGCCUCGACGACUUCGUUUUGCUGUGGGAUGGAUACCCGCUCCUUCGAUCACCUCAUCGGAGUCACUAUGCUGGUGGACUUCUGGAUCAAUGUACGCGAAUACGUUGCAUAUUGGUAUCCUAUGACACGUCUAGCAGUGUCUCUGCUCUUUAGACAGCCAUGGAUCCUUCGACGACUGAAAGUUUGCCGGGACCUGAAUGUGGCGCUACAGGAAGUAGCACCACAACGUGGCUGUCUUGCUCUUGCUUCAGGUGUCAGGGGGACCCGCAGAUUGUCCGAAGUACUAGAACAUAUGCAGUACUUCUCCUGCGCUGACGCUCGGGAUAAGCUGUACGGUAUCCUAGCACUCGUCGAUUGGCCGGGCCAGUCAAAACCAGAUCCGGACUAUAGCAGAGACUGCUUCCAGGUCGCAAUUGCCAUUUAUAAUAUCUACUGGAAACAUCCCACCUGCGCUCCAGUAACAGGGUCAGUCGUAGAAUGGGUCGGUCGCUUGCGCGAGACUUUUGGUAUAUCCCUAGAUCAAAAUACGCUGCGGGAGGCUGCGGCUCUACGAUAUCCCGAUUCUCAACUACCAGACGUCAUGCAGACCAGACGUGGAAGCUAUCAGUCUCUUUCGAGCAUCAAGCGCCAAUCUAUUGGAGGUGCAUCCAUAGCAACAUUGCGCUCUCUCCAGCUCGGAAGACGGCUGUCAAAAAACCGAAGCAAAAACGUUUGGUACGGCAUCAAACUCCAACACGCUCGAAACAUGAAACAAUACUCCGCUUCUAGAUAUUCGAGUGUGAAGUUUCUCUGUCUGGAGGAUGAUGCUAGCGAACCCAUCAGCAGAAUAUAUGACCAGGACGGAAAGCUCUUCGCUUUUGCGCCCAAGGGAACCAGGGCGUCAAACUGGCUCCUUAUAAGUGACAAAAGACAGCAAAACGCAAGGAAUGCUUUAGCUCUGGUGGUCAAGUUUCCCGAAUCGAAUUAUGGUCAGUACCGCAUCAUAGGCCAAGCUUCUGUUUGCUACCAGGACCCGGAAAGUAUCUAUCAAUUCCUCGAAUGGGAGACAUUCUCUGCGAAGUGGUAUCCCGAAGAUCUCUUUGUUCUCGAAUGGAGCCACCACAAUCGAACAAGCGGUGACCUAUCGAGCAACGAGAUUAUUCAGUGGCUCAGACUGAAGAUUUGCGCAACCGAAGAGUCUUCGUCUUUCGACGGGCCUCCAUUCGAAUCGCUUGAGAGUUUUGAUUCUUCAUAUCCUCACCAUCACAUCAGUCGUAGGAAUUCAGAUAUAAGGUUCGACCGGGCCGACGUCGAGGAAGUAUUCGCAAGAAUGAAUCCGGGGUUAGUAGACGAAUUGCUAUCAGACGAAGACUGA